AUGUCGUUUCAGAGGGGCGAUAAAGUUGAGGUAGCGAGCAAGGAAGAUGGCUACCUGGGCUCAUACUUUGAGGCAACAGUGGUUGCAGAGCUUGCACAAACAGACUACAUUGUUCAGUACAAAAAUCUGGUCAAGAAUGAUUUUUCCGGGCCAUUGCUAGAGACUGUCCCCAGAGAGGAGCUCCGUCCCGUGCCUUACUCAAUUCCGCGAAAAGGGUUUCGAGUGGGAGACAUGGUUGAUGCUUAUGCUAAUGAAGGGUGGUGGGUCGGCAUGAUUUGUGGGAAAACUCAAGACAAGUAUGUGGUUUUCUUUGAGUUGUAUCCGGAGUUUAAGUAUGUUUAUCCUGCAAGCAAGCUGAGGAUUCACCAAGAUUGGGUUAACGGAAGCUGGGAGUCCUCAAAUCAGAAUAAUGCUGUUUAG